UGAAUGUCCCAGAGGUAGGCAGAAGUUUGUUUUCCUGCAUUGCCCUCAAACAUCAAGUUAUCUUUAUCGGUAUUAUAACUCUUUAAGUAAAUAUUAGGGGAUAAAUAUCGUUGAUAAUCUAAGGAACUUUAUCAGUUUACCUUAACGCAUAUGGAAAUGAAGUUCGUUAAAAGCGGUUCUUUGAAAUAUCAAAUUCAAAUUUUAGGGUACGCGAUUUUUUUAAUUUACGCGUGUUGUGGGAACGAAUGUGAUGAGUGCAUUCAGUUGGGUCCAGAGAUGAAUUUCUGUUUUCACAGUGACUUUAAAGGUUCGAGGUGUGAAAGACUUGAGAAUCUAAGAGACUGCCCAUCAGAGUAUAUCGAAAAGAACAGUCAUUCUCUUGUGACCAUUCUCAAAGAUGAGGGAUUCAGAAAUUUCGAAAUUUUCGAGAAAAGAAAGAAUUACAUACAGCUGAAGCCUCAAAAGUUAAAGCUAGAUUUACGAAGAGGAGAUGCUGUGAACUUCACAUUUUCCUAUAAACCCGCAGAAAAUUACCCUCUUGAAGUAUACUAUCUCAUGGACCUCACGUUUUCGAUGAAAAAUGACUUGGAAACUCUGAUAAAUUUAGGGGGAGAACUAGGAUAUUCCCUCAAAAACAUCAGCGAACACUUCAAAAUAGCAUUCGGCUCCUAUGUCGACAAACUUCGAAUGCCUUUUUCUUUCACAAACCCUGACAACAUCGAAAAUCCAUGCAAUCACACAUCGGAAAGAAUUUGCGCCAAGAGUUACCUCUUGAAGCACAUCCAGAACUUCACCAAUGACGUUGAACUUUUCGCUAGAGAGGUUAGGAAGAAAAGCAACACCAGUGCCAAUCUAGACGACCUGGAGGGGGGUAUGGAGGCUCUGAUGCAAGUUUUGGUGUGUGGAAAUCGAGUUGGUUGGUCGGACGUUUCGCGAAAACUGGUAAUCAUCAGUACAGGAAGUUACAUGCAUCUGGCUGGCGAUGGAAUACUAUCGGGAACAGUGAUGAAGAAUCCUGGAAAGUGUUUGGUGGAUUUUGAUGGGAAUUAUCCUGCUGAUAAUCCUUACGACUAUCCUUCUCUUGGAGAGAUACAUGGGCAGCUUAAAAAGCAGAAAGUAAACGUCAUAUUUGCAGUGAAAGAAAAGGUUCUUUCAUAUUAUCGGCAAAUGGGACAGGUUUUGAAAGAUUUUUCUUUUGUCGGAAUAUUGGACAAAGAUUCCAAGAACAUCAUCCAACUGACGAAGGAUGGAUACAUGGACUUUUUCAAAAAGGCGAAAUUUUAUGUGGAUACGAAUCACACUGCAGAUUUGGACAUUGAGUUUUACGCCAACUGUGAUGGUUCGGGUUUUUUUAAAACCGCCGAAUGUUCUAAUGUUGUCUUGGAUCAAGUCAUUGAUUUUAUUGUUGAGAUUAAAUUGAAAAAAGUACCGGAGAAUGUGAAGAGGGAAAAAUUAUUCAUAGUGGAGAAAAAUAUUCAGGAGAAAAUAGAAGUCGAUCUAGAAUAUUACGGAUUCUGUGAAUGUGAUUCAAUUUCAUCACAAACAGAGGGAGAAUCAUGUGUUAAUGGAAUUCUGAGGUGCGGAAAAUGCAACUGUAAUUACGGCUGGACUGGCGAUUCAUGCAACGAAACCUGCAGUUAUAGCCUGGAUCCAUGCAGGAAAGAGGUUGAUGGCAUCAAAGAAACUUCUUGUAGUCGAAGGGGAGACUGUGAAUGCGGAAAAUGCAUAUGUGAUUUUCCUUACCAAGGAAAGUAUUGCGAAUACAAAUGCCCGAUAUACAGGGGGAAAAUCUGCUCCGGUCACGGCAACUGUCAAAAUGGCGAAUCUUGCAGCUGCGACAAGGGAUACACCGGAAGAGAUUGCUCCUGUGAAGACUCCAUCAGAAGCUGCAUGGUACUCGGAAAAAUCUGUAACGAGCGUGGGAGGUGCGAGUGCAACAAAUGCAUCUGCAAUGAAAAUUACAAGGGGAAAAAAUGCGAGUAUUAUGUUGGCAAAACUGGAGGAUCGGGAUACUGCUCAGAGUUUAUAAACCAGACGAUGAAUUUCGUGGAAAAUGGUACAACAGAGCUGUUUUACGGAAACAUUUCGAUAAAACCUAUAAGCGUAUCCAAAGAAUUCAAGCUAGGUGGGGAAGGUAUUUGUUUCGCCCGAUUGAACACCAAAACCCACUAUUGCGAAAUCAACUACAGCUAUAACCUAGAACGGCAACCGAUUGUUUUAAGGAUACAGCCGUAUUGCUACAAACAGGUGAACGCAGCAGUGGUAGCACCCGUCAUUGUUUUUGGCGUAUUCGCUUUUGGACUCCUGGCUGUUUUGAUUUGGAAAUAUGUCACUUCUAGGAAGGAUAGAUUAGAGUAUGAGAGGUUUCAGAAAGAGGUGGACCAUCAACAGAGAAGUAGGACCGAGAAUCCACUUUAUACAAGUCCUAUAACUAGUUAUAGGGUACCCAGUAAUAAGAAUAAAAUUUUAUGAGUA